UUUCAAAAUAACCAGGAAUACAUUUUGUUUACCAAUUUUAACAGCAGAUAAGAUGAACCAGUUAAAUAUUUUUGAUGCAAUGACAAAGAUGUGAGCACUUUGAACUCUGUGGUGGAUUAGUGUUUUCUUGCCAAGAUCUACUACACAUUAUCUUCAUACUGUAGUUGUUAUUUUUCAAUUUGUUUCAAGAGUAUAUAGGCUACUGUAAAGUGUACAAUGAGUACUUCAAAACACAUCGAAAAAAUGUAUUGCCCAGCUCACAAAGACAUGCUGGCUGCGACCAGUGUGCUACAACAACAAGCCACGGAGAUCCGAGGACAAAGAGUCAACUGGCAGUCUUAUCUCCAAUCACAGAUGAUCACACAGGAGGACUUUUCGUUUAUCACAGCAUUUGACAACGCGGACGCAGCUGGUCGUGAGGCUCUUCUGAAGGAGAAGAGAACUCAGUGCGCCAAGACGUUCCUAAACCUGUUGGAACAUGUUUCCAAGGAUCAGACCAUCCAGUACGUGCUGGUCAUGAUUGAUGACAUGUUGCAGGAGGACCGCAAUCGUGUAGAGAUCUUCAGAGAGUAUUCUAUCCGCAAACGGGAGCCGAUCUGUGGACAGUUCCUCAAUCUCCUCAACGGAUCCGAUGGCUUCAUUGUCAACAUGACAGCUCGUAUCAUUGCUAAGGUGGCAUGUUGGGGCUCCGAGCUGAUGGAACAGAAGGAUCUGCAGUUUUACCUCACUUGGCUCAAGGAACAGCUCACUGUGCAGAACAACGAGUACAUGCAGUCCGUGGCCAGAUGUCUGCAGAUGAUGUUGAGGAUAGACCAGUACAGAGCUGCUUUCAUCUCUGUCGAUGGCAUCUCUACUCUGCUCAGCGUGUUGUCAGGACGAGUCAACUUCCAGAUCCAAUACCAACUCAUCUUCUGUAUCUGGGUGCUCACUUUCAACCCAAAGCUCGCCGAACGAAUGAACAAAUUCAAUGUUAUUCCUAUCCUUGCUGACAUUUUGAGUGAUUGUGUCAAAGAGAAGGUCACUCGUAUAAUUCUUGCGGUUUUCAGAAACCUGAUUGAGAAGCCUGAGGAUGGCUCUGUGGCCAAGGAGCACUGUAUCGCCAUGGUGCAGAGCAAGGUGCUGAAACAGCUCAGCAUUCUGGAGCAGCGCAAGUUCGACGACGAGGACAUUGUCGAGGACGUCAGCUUCCUUAAUGAGAAACUGCAAGCUUCUGUACAAGAUCUGAGCUCGUUUGACGAGUACGCCACAGAGGUAAAGUCAGGUCGGCUGGAGUGGAGUCCAGUACACCGUUCCGCUCAGUUCUGGAGGGAAAACGCUGGACGCCUCAAUGAGAAAAACUACGAACUCUUGAGAAUCCUCAUCCAUCUGCUGGAGAACAGCAGAGAUGCUUUAGUUUUGAGCGUAGCUUCGUUCGACAUCGGUGAAUACGUUAGACACUACCCACGAGGAAAACAUGUUAUUGAACAGCUGGGAGGCAAGCAGCUUGUGAUGCAGUUGUUGUCCCAUGAAGAUCCGAACGUGAGAUACGAAGCGCUGCUGGCCGUACAGAAGCUCAUGGUUCACAACUGGGAGUAUCUUGGACGACAACUGGAAAAGGAGCAAAGUACUACGACUGGGAAACCUGCCGUUGCUGGAAAAGCUUAGGUAUAAUCUGAUAAAAGUAGCAUAAGGAUGUAUCCAAGAUGUACACAAAGUAUGAAAAUACAUUCCAUUCGGUAUUAUACACUUAUAGUGAACCUCAAUUUGCAUGUCGGAUGGAGAAAUGCUAAUAAAUUUGUCUGUAAUUUUAGUGUCAUAAAUUGUUAAUGGGUAAGUUUCAUUUUAAUAAACCCUUUUAUUGUCAUUAAAAGCAUCACUAAAGGCAAAAGUGUUUAAUAUUAAAGAAAAAUGUAUAGACAAUUCAAAUUUUUGGUGGAGAUUGUUUCAAUGAUUGUUACUCACUUUUCUCUCAAAUAGAUUGUAGUAGUAGCUUCUGUAAGAUGGACGUUGUGCUGGUGGGUUAGUUUUUGGGUUUUGUAAAUAAGAUGUUAAUACAAUUAACUGCAGUAUUGUUUAUAACAUUUAGGAGAGUCUAUUGUACAUGUGAAUAAAAUAAAUGUUAUUCAAAGUU